AUGAAAAGUUUGAAAACAAAAUCUCAGAAGAAAGGCAAAAAAACGAAAAAAUCUAUUAACCAAAAAAAGAAGAUCGAAGUUUCAAGGGAUGCACUACAUAAUACAAGUGGUCCUAGUUCUCCAGAAUUUGCUAUUGAAGUCCCAAAAAACCUUAGACGAAAAGCACCACUUAAUAGCGAAGAAUAUCAAAAACAUAAAUCAAUUGAAAAUGACACAAAAACAACUAAUUCAACAGAAUCUCUUACUAAUUCUGAUGAGACAAUAAAAACAACGACGAGUGAAACAUCGAGUUCGUCUACGAAACGUACUGAUCAAUUGCCUGGAUAUCAAAGUGAACAAACAACAGUGACAGAAGAACGAAAAACAACGUAUGUAGUACAAACACCCGAUGCAGUUGUAAAACAGAUAUCAAAAAGACUUACAUCGAUGCCGACUGUAGUAGAUGAUACAACAACACAUAGCCGUUACUCACAGUUACCUACGGCUGAAUCAGCGGCGAUCAGCUCCAGUUUAACUUAUCCGCAACUGACUAUUGCUAAUGAAAAUCAAUUUGAAACAGUUGAAAUAAAAGACGUCCAUGGUAUUAUUAUUGACAUAUUCAAAGCCAAAAUAAAAGAUCAGAAAAAAUAUUUUGGUAAUAUUCAUCGCUUACAAUGUCCAUCUGCAAUGGAACAAGUGGUCAAAACUCGAAUGACCAUUGUCACUCAUUGCAUCGAUGAAUUUGAGAAAUACGUUACAAAUUUGAGGAGACAGCACGGCGUGAUCCGUGAUGCUGCCAAUGAUCCCGCUGUUUUUGAACCUGGCAUCAUUAUUAUGGGACCGUUGAUUAAAAAAGAUACAGGUAUUGUGGAUAAAGAAGAUAAUGAGGCAAUGAAAAAACUUCAGUUAAUAGAGCCAAGAAAACGAUAUGCUCUAAUUCUUCUUACUGAUAUUCAACGGUUUAAUAUAGACAAGAGUACAUGGGAAACGAUCGGUACAUUAGUUAGUCCUGUUGCUGCUCCAGGAAUGAGUGUCGAUGGUGAACGAAUUUAUUUAUGUGGUGGCUAUGAUAUAUUGCAAAAUCAAACAAUUUUAUCAGCUGAUUUCACCAUAUUCAAUAUAAAAACUAGAACUUUUGAAAAAUCCAAUGAUUUACCAAGUCCACGUUGUCGAAGUUUAGUAUUUGUUAUUAAGGACGCUGUUUACUGUUUAUCGGGUCUCAUUGAUGCUCGAGAUGAAAAAGGUGGAAAAAAAAUGAAAAUAUCGACAGAUAUUUUAAAAUGGACGGCUACUCAAGGCCACUGGAAUUUAAUUGCCAGUACACCAGAAUUAACAAAAUUUCAUGGAUUAUCUUUCAACGAUCCAUAUCUUGAAAUUACAAAACGUAUACUGGAUGGUUCCGGAAAUGAAACUGGUACAAAAGCAGAGGUCUAUUUUGAUUUUCGAGAUAAUAUUUGGCAUCCAGGAAAAGCUCCUCCGAUUACCGAGCAGACCAUAAAAUUGGCAGAUAUGAAAGGAGCCACAGGUGUUGUAGAAAAAAAACGUAAAGAAAUAAAGCCACUAGUUAAAACAGAGAAUAACGUUGAAAUUGAAAGACCAAAACAAGAAACAGUAAAUCCACCAUCAUUUAAAAAAGGCAAAGAGAAACAACCAUCGUAUGUUAAUAGGUGA